AUGAUUACUGGUAGCUAUCAUGAACGUCGUCUGUAUGAUGACUUAAUGAAAAAUUACAAUAAUUUGGAGCGUCCAGUAGAAAAUCAUUCACAACCUGUAGUGAUUUAUUUGAAAGUAUCCUUACAACAAAUUAUUGAUGUUGACGAGAAAAAUCAAAUUGUUUAUGUAAAUGCGUGGCUUGAUUUUGCAUGGAAUGAUUAUAAACUUAGAUGGGACAAGGCUAAAUACGGAAAUAUAACGGAUGUUCGUUUUCCGGCUGGCAAAAUUUGGAAGCCAGAUGUUUUACUUUAUAACAGCGUUGAUGCAAAUUUUGAUUCGACAUAUCCAACCAAUAUGAUUGUUUAUAAUACGGGUGAUAUUUCAUGGAUUCCACCUGCAAUUUUUAAAAUUAGUUGCAAAAUUAACAUUGAAUGGUUUCCUUUCGAUGAGCAACGCUGCUUCUUCAAGUUUGGUUCAUGGACAUAUGGUGGUGAUAAAUUAGAUUUACAACCUGGAAAAGGCGGUUUUGAUAUUUCAGAAUACAUGCCAAGUGGUGAAUGGGCUUUACCCAUGACUACCGUAUCAAGAACGGUCAAGUUUUAUGAAUGUUGUCCAGAACCAUAUCCUGACCUCAAAUUUUAUUUGCAUUUAAGGCGUCGUACAUUAUAUUAUGGUUUCAACUUAAUAAUGCCCUGUAUAUUAACAACGAUGAUGACAUUACUCGGUUUUACACUGCCACCUGAUGCUGGUGAAAAGAUUACCUUACAGAUAACAGUGCUCUUAUCGAUAUGUUUCUUUCUCAGCGUGGUUUCCGAAAUGUCACCGCCAACCUCAGAAGCAGUGCCACUUUUGGGAGUGUUUUUUUCUUGUUGUAUGAUAGUUGUUACGGCGUCAACAGUUUUUACCGUGUACGUCUUAAAUUUGCAUUAUCGAACAUCCGAAACGCAUGAAAUGGGCACUUUGACGAAAACACUGCUACUUUAUUGGCUCCCAUAUUUGCUUCGAAUAAAUCGGCCAGGAGUUAAUUUAUCAUGGAAAGCAUUGCCAUCAUUAUUUCCAUGUACAAAGCCAACGACACAUAGCGAAUCACUUAUAAGAAAUAUUAAAGAAGCUGAAUCAGGCUCAAGGUCUAAUUCAUUAGAUGUUGACUGUAGAGUUUGCCAAUAUAUGAGUGGUAUUUCAAAUGGUAAAAGUCCCAUUUCUACAGUAAUUAAUGGACCUACAUUAAGUCAAACAAAUCCAUCCAUUGAUAUUGGCCAACAGGCUACUUUGAUCAUUUUACAACGAAUCUAUCAAGAACUUAAAAUGAUAACGAAACGUAUGAUCGAUGCGGAAAAGGACGAUGCAAAAGCAAAUAAUUGGAAAUUUGCAGCAAUUGUUGUUGAUCGCUUAUGUUUGUAUAUUUUUACAAUAUUUAUUAUUGCUUCAUCUUGUGGAAUAUUGCUUUCAGCGCCGUAUUUUAUCGCUUAA